UACUGUAUUACUAUGUAGUUACGAUAUACUGUGGAAAGAAACAAACAACUCGUGCUUCAAUGUGAUCAAUUAUUAUCGAUAUUGUCUUGGCGCUAAUGAUUUGGAUGUUUGUCAAUUCGUCCAGUGUGACGAGGGGUGCCAGAAUUAAUCGAAUAUCAAUAAGCUGCCAUGUUAUGAAUAGAAAAACUAAUUGUUUUUAAAAAUAACGCUGAAUACUUUCAUAAAGUAAUAGUGACAAAUUUGAGAUCAUAAUGGAGAGUACAAUUGGAAAUACAAUGGAGGAAGAAAAUUCAGAAAAUAAAAACAGUUCUGAUAUUGAAGGCAGUACUGAAAAAAAUAUCUUUGAUAUCAUUAAUACUGAAAUCAAAAAAGAGAGUUCGCUAUUAGAUCACAUGGAAAUUACUAUUGUCGAAGCAGAAAAAAGACAAAAUGGAACGCUCAAUAUCAAAGAAUUCUACACUGUUUAUUUGAUUGAUACCAAAGUUACAGAUCCUGACUUUGAGGCUGCUCUGACCAAUGUUAGUACAUUGUGGCGACGGUAUACAGAAUUUGAGCUGCUGAGAAUGUAUUUAGAAGUGUCUUAUCCAUACAUAGUUGUACCACCACUGCCAGAAAAAAAAGUUCUCUACGCUUGGCAAAAAGUUACCACAGAUACCUUUGAUCCUGAUUUUAUUGAUAGACGAAGAGCUGGCUUAGAGAACUUUUUAUUGAGAGUUGCCUCUCAUCCAAUCUUGUCAUUCGAUAAACAUUUUAUUGGAUUCCUUCAACAAAGGGAAGGUUGGAGAGAAAGUAUAAAAGAGACUACAGGAUUAUUACAAUUAGCUGAAUCCAAAUUGAAAGCUUUAAGCGUGUCAGUAAGAAUGAAAAAAACUGAUAAGCGAUUUGAAGCAAUAAAAAACUAUGGAGUUUCUCUUCAAAACAACUUAAGCAAUUUAUUACGAGUUCGUGCCAGACUAGCUGAGAAGCAAUACAGUUUUUAUAAAUUGCAUGCUAAUUAUGGAAGAGUUUUUAGUGAAUGGAGUGCCAUUGAAGGAAGUGGGAUGGGAGAUGGGCUACAGAAAUCUGGGCACUACUUGGAUUCAUUAGCAGCUGGUAUUGAUUCAAUAUUGGAAGAAGAAGAAUUAAUUGCAGAUCAAUUAAAAGAAUGGCUUUUUGGUGCCUCAGCUCUACAAGCUGUAGUUAAACGUCGAGAAGCUUUACAUGUUGAUAGGGAAGCAGCAGCUGAUAACUUAUCUAAUUUACAAGAACAAAAAGAAAAAGUAGUUCAAGGAAAAGCUAGUUUUAUGUCAAGAAUAUUUGGUUCUGUUGAUACUGAAGAAGUGCGCGAAUUAAAAAUACAUCAAUUAGAUCAAAAAAUAAAUCAUGGUACGGAAGUCUUGAAGAAAAGCGAUGAAGAUCUGACGGAAUUUUCUGAAAAAGCCCUCGAAGAUAUUGAGAGAUUCCAAGUCCAAAAAGUUCAAGACCUGCGAGAAACAUUAACACAAUACUGUGUUCUACAAUAUAAAUUAGCUAGAAAAGGCUUGCAAGAUUGGCAAAAUAUAAAACAGUGUUUGGAGAGUAUGCCAUAAACAAUUGACAAAGUAUGCGAAGCAUGCUCAAUGCAUUUGAUUAUUCAACCUAUUUUUAUCAACAGAAGAUUACGAUUUUCAAUGUUCAGUUUUUCGAAAGUAUAUGUACUAUAUAUCUAUCACCACAUUCCUGUUUUUUAAGAAACAACUAUAAAUUAACUUUGAAACAUU